AUGGAUAAGCAUGGCCUGAAGACCCCCUUGUGGAAGAAGGAACUGGAGGAGAACAGGGUCAGGGAGGAGGAGGCUGCGGAGGAGAGAUCGGAGGAGGAAGACGAGGGGAGGCCGUCUCAGGAGGACGCGGCCGAGGGCGAGGCCGAGCGCCGGGAGGCGGAGGGCCGCGAGGGCGGCGAACAGGGCUCGGUGUCCUACUGCCCGCUGCGCCAGGAGUCCAGCACCCAGCAGGUGGCGCUGCUGCGGCGCGCGGACCUCGGCCUCUGGGGCUGGCUCCUCCCCUUGGCGCUGCUGGGCGGCCUGUCGGCCCCCGCAGACAGGAAUCGAAGCCUCCCGGAGGAGCCGUGCGUGCUGCACACAAGGCGUCGGCCACCUCGUGGCAGGGGGUGUGCACGCUGCGAGAUCCUUUUUUGCAAGAAAUGCGGAAACCUGCACAGCAACCCGGCCUACAUAGCGCACUGCCUUCUGGAGCACUCGGAUCUGGGUAAGGCGCGGGUUUCGGGCGAGGCGGGGGCCGCCGGAGGCGCCAGAGCGCCCCCGCUCAAAGCUUUUGUGCCCUCCACUCCCGCAAACCCAGAACUCCCCAAAACUUUCUUCUGUCCACUGACGCCGAGCGCCCUCCUGCACAUCCCAGCACUGCCCGUUCUAGAGCUGCUCUCUGGGAGCGCCCCCAGGCCACCUUGGGCAAGCAGACCCACCGUCUAUGUAGCCAACGGUGGAACCCUCCGUCACCUGGAGUUCCAUUCCUCCGUAGAGCUCCUGGGGGCUCCUGUCCCCUGGCGGCACCCAGUGCCUCCUGCGCGCCUGACUCGCGUCCCCUGA